GGCCUGUGCGAGCGUCAGUGCCGGCACGCCGCGCCCCGCCGUCGACUCGGCGCUCGUGGAGCUGGUGGGCAGCGUGCAGCACGAGCUGCGCACGCCGCUGCAUGGUGAGUGGAAGCGAGCGGGCAGUGUGGAGUGGCUGGUGGAGGCGAACUCGCCGAGAAUGGCACGAGGCGGGAGCGAGCGUGGGUGGAGGUGCACGAAGCGAGCUCUUGCUGACGUCCGGGUCCCUCGUUCCUCCGCCUGACAGGCAUGCUGCUGCUGGCCGACUCGCUCCGUUCCGAUCUGCGCGCAGCCGCGAUUGCAGACAUGCAGCAGAAGCAGGCGCUGGUGGAGCAAGCGAGCAGCAUCAAGUCGCUCGGCGAUGGCCUGAACGACCUGCUUGAGGACUUUGCCGACUUUGCAUCGAUCACAACAGCCGCUCGCGAGGAAGAGACGCGGCACGAAAUCGUGCGGGCCGAGUCUGUGGAUCUCGGAGCACUGCUGGACGACGUUGCGUCGGAGCUGUGGAAUGAGCAAGUGCAGCGCAUCCGCACGCAGGAGGGCGCGGAUGCCAGAAUACCGCCGCCGCCCGAGUUGAUCUUGCAGAUCGACACGAGCCUCAGAGGGACGACGUCCAUGAUCGCAGUCGAGACGUUCCGCAAGUGUGCUCGGAAGCUCAUCUCCAACGCCCUGCGCUUCACUCAAGGCGAAGGCUACGUCGAGAUCUCGCUUGCUCCGCACACUGAGGAGGGGCGGUCAUCGCUGCAGUUGACAGUGGAGGACACCGGCGAAGGCAUGACGGACGAGUUUGUGGCAGAGGCGCUGUUCAAGCCUUUCAUGAAGGCGGACAAGUUCAAGUCGGGCGCGGGACUGGGCAUGGCCCUUUGCGCUUCGCUUUGCAAGCGCAUGGGCGGAUCUAUGCAAGUCUCCAGCGAUGUGGGGCGAGGCACGAUCGUCACGCUCUUGAUUCCUGUCGCCGAGCUGCCGCGCGUGCCGCAGCAGAGCGUCUCGAGUCGUCCCGCGCAGCUCACCUACAUGUAUGGCUUUGAGGGCAUCGGGCUGAAGCGCCUUGCCGGCGCUAUCAGUGCUCAACUCGCCACGUUUGGCGACAUGUACGCCACGACGAAUCUGGGAGAGGCAGACUAUCUGCUCAUUCCGGAGGAAGCUUGCUGGGAAGCUACAGGUGGGAUCGAGGGCAUCCUCUCGCAUGCCAAGGACGGCGUAAAGAUUGGCGUCCUUCAGGCACAUGCUGACUCGGGCGUCGAGCUCGCGGCAUUCAAGAAUGGUUCUCGGCAGCCUGCCUUCGUCACACGCAAGCCCUUCGGUCCCAAGAGCUUUCACGGCCUCCUCCAGCUGGCACGGAAACCCGAGACGGACGCGCAAGCCACCAAGCUACGCCGCACCGAUUCGGGACGGGACAGCUUCGAGCAGACGCACCGCAUGUCCAGCGAGUCGAACGAGCCCAAGAUCGCAGAGUCGCCGCCAUCUGAGGCGGAUGGGGAUGCAGACUCGGUCGACAAGGUGCCGAGCGCCGCCGAGGAGCAGGCGAAAGACACACGCGACCUUGUCUUCGCCCCCGAAUCGAUCGACGAGGUGCUGCGUGCACCAGUUGACAGCGUGCCUAUGCUAGCGCCACUAGCCGGCAAAAUGCGUCAAGAAGCCCCCAGCAGUCCCUCGGUCAAGCCCAUCACGGUGUCCAAGUUCGGCGCGCUCGUAGUCGAGGACAAUCCGCUCAACGCUCGCAUCCUCACGCGCUUGAUGAAGAAGCAAGGCAUCGAGUUCUGCGUCGCCACAAACGGGCAAGAGGCAGUGGAGCAGUUUGCAAAGCACUCGCCGUACGUGACGCUGCUCGACAUUAUGAUGCCCGUCAUGUCGGGCUUCGAGGCGUGUCAGGCCAUGCGAGCGCUCCCGCUUCAAGGACCGAGAAGACCAAAGAUCAUUGCGGUCACGGCGCUCAGCGACGAGCUGUCAAGAACAAAGGGCCUGGAGGAGUGCGGCAUGGACGAGUGGCUGACGAAGCCGCUCGCGAUGAACCGGCUGCUCGAGGAUCUCAAACGAUGGAGAGCGGACUUUGACGCCGAGGGCCAGACGAGCGAGAGCUAGUCCAGAUCGGCCCGUCGCGAGAGAAAUGCCAACUGGUCCGUCCGCACCGUUCCCUCCCUUUCUUCCGCCUCUCCCUCGAUACCCAGCCCAUCCGUGUACUUAUAGAGACCCGUUGUGCUCAAAUGCUCUGCUAAUGGCUUAUUUCGUCGGCCCCGCCCCUUCAUCUGGCUGAUGGGAU